AUGUGUGUGUGUGUUUUUAUAACAUGUAACGUUAGUGGGCCCAAGAUCACCAUCAGGUAUGGGGCUACCAGUGACUACUCCAGCUUGACAGACUCACAGUUUCUGUUUGGAUCCCAGUUUUGGCCUGAAAACUCUCAGGACAUGUCGCAGGACAUGGGCUUUUCAAACAGAACAUCCGGUAAUGUUAGCUCACAGUCACAGGAGGUAGGUAUUAGCCCAUCUUUUCUUCAAUUUGCUGAACCAUCUUCUUUUCAUAUAAUCAUGUCCACGUUUGUGCCACAGUGUUGAGCUCAGUAAAUGCAUUAUUUUUGCUCAUAAUAUGUAAUAUCCCAUCAAUUUAUAACACAACGUUUAGCAAUUCACCUGUUGAGCUGAAGAACAAACUCAAAAUUGUCAGAGCUUCUCUUUGUUUUAUGAUGAACCGGACAUUGUGUUUCAGGGAAGUGAGCCAAAGAUUUCAAGCAGUUACCAUGCCAAACCAUUCCUGUUCGGAGACGUAAAGGACAAAGGGAGGGCACCAAGCUUUACAAGUGACAAAACUAUUGGUGUACUGGACAGGUGUGAAGAGUACAAGAAAAAGGCAAAAUAAAAUUGUGAGCGGUAGCUGUGCCUAAUGAGUGUCACCUAUGUCCAUGUUUCUGCAGGGGUUUUAUUGUGUGAAAGAUACAAACAAUAUAAGGUAGCCUAUUUUGUGGUUUAAUUGUAUUUUUAUCAGUGACAUUCUCACCUCUGGAUUCCUACAAUUAUGUGACAACCUUGAUAAUGUAAGUCAACAUCCAGAAUAAAAUAUUUUUGCUGAAUGGUGCUACUGGCCUGGUACUCGUUUUCUGAUAAGAUAAUGAUCAACUCUGCUUCUAUGUGUGUUUAAGAUCAAGCGCUCUAUAAAUCAUAUUGAUCAGAGCACUACAACGGGCAACAAAGAUUUUGCAGAUUUUGCAAAGACAUUGUUGGGAUCUAUUUUCUUAUAACUAGAUGUGAUGCCUAGCUUAGAAAGAACAUAAACAUAAUAGGUUUUUGCUGUACUGAUAUAGAUUGUUUAACAUAACAAGCUGUGAUUAAUGUGAGGAACCGUUAUGGGGGUAGGCUGAGACAGACUUGUGACUCACAUACACACACACUGCCUCUUUGUUAAACCGCUCAAGGAUAUGUGUUCUGCUACAGUGGAGAGGAACAGACUAUGUCUGAGGUUGCUGACUCGAGACAAGUUGUGGAGAUAACAACUAAUGCCUGGCAACAGUGAAGCGCCAAGGGGCUGGGACCAGCCUGUGCACCAACGAUAGGCUGAGUUAAAAAACCACGCUCAGUCUCUACUCUGAUAGGCCUGCUUGGAGCAGGAACUAUCUCUGCCAGAGUAUUUAAAGAAGAACUUAUAACAAUGGCUCAGUUCUCUGACUGCCCUGUGUGGUUUUUCAGUGGGCCCGUAUAUACGAACAUCAUAUUUACCAUUCUAUUGUUUGCAUUAAUUAAAAUACUAGUCUAUUUUAGAAGACGUGUAUUGACCUCUUUUUGUUCCUAUACCAGAUUUGAAUUGACGCAACUUAACAAUUGGUGACCGCCGACGUGAUCUGGUAGAGGGACUUCGCUGGGUAUUGUCCGGCCGAUUGGACAUCGCUGUCGUUGGACGGUGUGUUUCACAAAGAGUCCGGACAACUAAAAACAGGCAAGCAGACACCUAUUGUUAUAUAACUAAAGUUCUGCACAUUGGCUUUAUCCAAAUUAAUUUUGUGAAACACCUGUAUGAUGUAAGUGAACUAAAUUGUGAAUUAUUAUACGAAUUAUUAUGAGUAGAUAAGCACCAUAUUGUGACAUGCAAACUUAUGGUAAAUGUGAGUGUUAAACCAUGGUAUUAUAGAGUAUUGUUCCACUGACACGUACCAGAGGGCUAGGUACGGCUAGGAUCAGAGGGACACUUUAGAGUAUAGGGGGUUGUAUGAAUGAGAGUGCGAAUGAUCCCAAUGAAAUAAAAGAGUGAAUGCGGGUUAUUAAAAUUAAUAAACCUGUAUACCUUGAUAGAAAACUAAUUAGGAGUUAAAGAAGUCUGUAGCUGCUUAAACCGUAUAACCCGUUAAUAACAAUUGGGAACAUAAAGGUAGAAUAAUGAAUAACUAGUAUGACUAAACUGAAACGUUUGAACUGAUAUAAUUGAACUGUAACGUUUGAUGUUUGACAUAGCAUAAUACUGGUUUUAAAUAAUUAUGUUGAAGCAAUUAGGUUUAUUAUUUGAUUUAAUGUUUGAUGUUUGACAUAGCAUAAUACUGGUUUUAAAUAAUUAAGUUGAAGCAAUUUGGUUUAUUAUUUAAUUUAACGUUUGAUGUUUGACCCUGCAAAAUACUGGUUAAAUAAUUAGACUGAAAUAAUUUGGUUUAUCAUUGAAAUAUAAAUAUGCACCGACUUUCACUAAUUAGGUGGGAAUAAUUUGAUUUAAAUAAAUAGAUAGACAUACUUUAAAUAAUUAAAUAACGGACAAAUAUUACAAAUUAAAACGAAAAACAUGACUACCAGUGGAGAAGCGGAAAGAAUAUUGAAGGUUCUAAAAUCCACACUUGAAACUAAUGGAGGAAAGGACGGGAAGGAAGAAGCAGUGAGAGAGAGAGAGAGAGUAGGAGGGGGCAAGUACCCACUGAUAGCCUUACCUAAUCUAUUGGCGGGGAAUGAAAGAGGCCCCAGCAACCUUAAAUGUAUAACGUAUGAACUUGCCCACCCGAACAUAGACGUACAUCAUGGGUGAGAAAGUAGAGAAUAUUUACAUUUGCGGUCAUUUAGCAGACACUCUUGUCCAGAGCGACUUGUAGGAGCAAUUGGGGUUGGGUGCCUUGCUCGGGGGCACAUCGGCAGAUUUUUUGCCUGGUCGGCUCGGGGAUUGGAACCGGCGACCUCUCGGUUGCUGGCACGGUGCUCUUGGUUACUGGGCUACCUGCCGCCCCAUAUGAGUUUAAGGUUGUGCCGUUGUUUGAUCAUGUGAUGGGGUUUGAUGGGUGAUCGGACCAUGACUGGUGUGGUUAUGGAAGUAAUGUAUAAAUAGUGGAGAGCCAAUAGGGGGUUCCAUUGAACUAUUAUGUUUUGUUGGGCAUUUCGGUGGCAUGGGGUGGGGUCUGUGUGUAUGAGUGAAUUCGGCGGCUGGUAUGGGUGGUGACCGGAUACUACUGAGUAUUUGGUUUGUUGAUGUUGAAUGGAAGAUUUGUAGCGUGGUUGGGGUUAAAUAGAAAGACUCACUUAUUCAAUAGGGAAUGGGUGAAUGGAGAGAGAGUUUUUGUGUUGCUGAAUGAGGUGAGAGCUAGUGCGGUUUUCAUUUGGUGACGUCACUUGCUCUAUGAACUGGAAGUAUAUACUUUGACAGGAUCGCGGAAUGUGUGGGGUGACUGGCAAUGUAUGUAGAGGGUCCCUGGUUCGAACCCAGGUAGGGACAGUGGGUAAAGCUUUCGCAUUGGGGCUAUAGACCUAGAUUACUACGUGGAUUGAGAAAUGUGAAAGGUUGAAUUAGAUAGCUUAAGUAGAAGUAUUCUAGAAAGGUCUAUGAAAAUAUGUUACAAGGUCCCCGCGCCUCCCCCGUUGUGUAGGAAGGAGCAAGGGGAGGGGUGAGAGAUAGUUAAAAUGAUAGGAAUAUCAUUAAAUGUAUGCUUAUCAACGAGAGCAAGUAUUUGUUUUAUUAAUUAGGGCCUAAUCAGAGAGAACAGUUAAAGAAAUUGAAUAGCGAACUGAAAUGGCGAUAGAGCUGUGAAAAUUGAGUCGAGGACAAAGGAGAAUAAUUUGUGGCUCUGGUUAGCGAAAAAAAAAAAAAAAGAGAGACAGUCCAGCGAGUUAGAUUGAGCUGUAAGAUUUCAAGUAGAGGUCUAAAUACUUGACUGGAAGGCAGUGCUUUGAUAAAUUCUAAUUGUUAUUACUUUAUUCGAUAGGUUGCUUAACACCAGUGGUGUAUGCAAAUAGUUGGUGAAUUCUAGUACGAUAAUUUAUUUUCGUUACGGGGACCAGGGGAUGCAAGUAGCUUUAGCUAUUAUGCUGAGGGAAUAGCACCAACCUAUAGUGGGUUCUAGAUUUGUUAAAUAAACAAACUUAUAUUUUAAACUAAAGUAAUGCAAUAGGCUACAAUUAUAACAUUAUCAGAAAAAGGCACAAUUUAAUGUGAAAUAGUUAUUACAAUUAUUAUCAUUGAUCAAGUAAUGAUAGAAGGACAGUAGAGGAAAGGCAAGGGAUUAAAUCUCAUUUAGGGAAGGAAGAGGAGUAUGAAGAUAUAUUAGGGAGAAAAUACCAUUAACUGAGGGAUAUAAAACGUUUAGCUGAAAAAGACAACAGGAAUAAUUUACCUUACACCCUAAUAUAGACAUUAGACCACACCAGAAGUAGAGAUGGCAGGAUUACCAGUAGCAAUCAUGAAGAGAAGGUUCCCAGAAAAUAGUGAAGAUAUUGGUAAUAUCUCUAACAAAUGAGAAAAAGGACCAGAAAGAUAGUAACUAAAUGGCCAAAGGAGGGAACAUUUGAUGUAACCGUGAUUGUAUUGGCUAAAAAAUGAAAUAUGACAUUUACAGGGGGGACAGGAACAAUAGAAGGGGAGACAGAUUUUCCUAGGGGGUUGAUCAAAUAAUUGAUAAUGGAUCAUUUGAGAUGAGAUCACAUGUAGCAGAUUUAGGGUAAUCAAUUAAAUAAUCAUUGUAUACUCAAGGAAUUUUGAGUGGUUUUAUGGAUUAGUUAUGAGGAAUUAGAUUGAUACAAACAAUUAUUGAUGGGUUAGGACUGGGGAUAUCUGUAUCAUGUUUUGUGUGUACUACCAUCUUUAGAUUACUGAAGGUAAUUGAAGGUUGACAAAAUGUAUAACCAGGAGAAAGAGAUUAGCUUAUCUCAUUGGAAUGUUGCCCAGGGCUAGGGGGAGCAGUAGUGAAGUUAGGCAGUAUUUAGGUCAUAAAAGUGAGCUACCAAAUUAAGUGGGGCCUGGCUAUUUGUGGUUGUUGUUUUUCAAGUUGGGUUUUUCAAAUAAAAAACAACACACCUAGUAUGAUGGUUAUAAAGGGUUGUUAUGUUAAAAUAAGGGAUGGCAAUUGGAUGAUAAAUUAUCAAUAUUACCUAAGUGAUUGUUUAGGUAGGUGGUAAUAUUGACACAUGGGCAAAACAUGUGUCAAAAGGGGGAUGAUAAGUAGAUGGUAGGAUUCAAUAAUAAAUAUAUACGAAGGAGAGGACAAAAUACUUUAAAAAAAAGUCUGAAAUAGAAAUUGAGAGCUGAACACGUGUGAAGAUAGUUUAUUAACCACACCCGUAUGUCAGAGGUUUUGUGCCCCACAGGUGAACUAAAGGAGAAGGUGACCCACUCUAUCUAACCAGGUGACUGGUGAGCAUCCAGUCCCUAAAGAAGAAAAACUGGAAGCAGGCCUGUUGGGAAGGGCCCUAUCAGGUUAUAUUGGUCACUGCCUUUGCCAUUAGAAUAGCAGAAAGAGCAACCUGGGUCCACGUUACCCACUGCAAAAAGGUAAGAACACAUGCAAGCACCACUGAACACAUGCAGAGUUAGAGAGAAGAACUGGACCAAUAGGGUCUGGGGAUCACCUCUGUUAACGAAGAUCUCCUACCCCGACCAAUCAUCACUGUAGUGUGUUCUCAGGGUGUGAGUAUGGGGUAGUACCAAGCAGAAAGACUGAGGACAGGAGAGGGUUGGCGGUUUUUGGGAAUAUGGAUAACUUGAGUUGCAUCAUAGUCUCGGUAAUGGUCUUGAUAUGUCAAGAUCCACCACCAAUUGUGCUAUGCCCUUACUAUUGUUAAGAAGUAAAAGAGAAGAGAAGCGACCCGACAUACUGACCGUCAAGGACGAGUGGCCUACAAAAUGGGAAUCAGAGAAGGGCAGACUGUCAGAUUCAGAAUAAGGGUUAGGGACGUAGCCAAUGGGUGGGGUACAUGUCAAUAAACAAAUUGGGAUUAUAAAAUCCUAUUAUAUUCGUGUUCGGCCCCCACGGCGGAUUGUUCCUAGACUCAGGUGUUUAAAUACACUUGGGGAUGGGGAUAUGAGACCGGGCGGGACUGAACAUCCAGAUGGGGGGUAAAGAGAAUCAAAGGCAUCACCAAUUAUCAAUUGGAGAUAGUAGUAAUGUGACAGACUUAAGUUCGGAAGCACAGGAGAGAAUUUUGAACCUUACAGCCCCUGUAACUGAUGUGUGGUGGGCGUGUGCCAGUAAAGGCAGUGUAAGGCAGAGAAUUCCAAAAGGGUGGCUAGAUACGUGCGCCCUGGUUCUACUGGUUCAGCUAGUUAGAAUUAGUCACCAGGAACCAAGGAUUAAACAGAUGUAGGAGGAGUUUUAACAAGAAGGAGAAUAGCCCUAUUUAGAUGGAUGCGAUUGGGAUACCAAGGGGGGUAUCGGAUGGAUACCGAGCUAUGAAACAAUUAGGGGAAGGGUUUACUACCACGUUCUUUUGGUGGGUGACAAUAAAAAAAAUUGUGAAUUGGAUUAAUUAUAUCUAUUACGACCAACAACGAUUUAUUGGCUGGACUAGGGAUGCAACAGAAGGGAUCUUUGAACAAUUAUCCGCCAUCUCACUCUUAUGACUUAGUAAAAAGAGGUUGGCUCUAGAUCAGGCAGAAAGGGGUGGUGUCUAUAGAAUGGUAAGCCAUUGUUGUACGUUUAUCUCUAACAAUACCAGUCCUGACGGGAGUAUCUCUAAAGCCCUAGUUGGUAUAGAUAAACUAUCAGCUGAAAUGAAGAGCAUGGCUGGAAUGGAGGGAAACGGACUGUUCUCCUGGUUGAAUGAUUGGUUUGGUAAGUACUCUGUUAUGGUGGUUACUGGAUUUCUGACCCUAGUAGUUGUGUUUCUAAUAUUAAUGUGCUGUGCUGCCUGUGUAAUUCCUUGUUUGAGAAAGUCUGUUACAGAUGUCGUGCAUACGGCUGGUAUGAUGCCCCUCCUAGGGGCUCAAGAAGGGGAUGCAGACACUGAGUCUAGCUUUCGGAAGAAACUGGGGUUGACAAAGGAUGACCCUUGGUUUGCUAUUGGUGAGGUGGUGGAGUGACACCAUAGAGGGUGUCUAAAGGGGGCCAAAGUUUACUUCCCUGUUUAUGUUUUAUGCUUUAUUAAUCAAGUUAACUAUUGUGAAUGUUUGUCUUUCCUUAUGUGAAGGUUUGAAGUUCCUGGGUGGCUGGUAGCCAACCUAGUACAAGUUAGGUGUAGAUGGAGGGACUGAAGGCCUUUUUAUUAUCAUUAUUGCCUAUUAAUAAAAGUGUGAUUCUUUUUGUUUGUAUUGUAUUUUAAUGAGUGACACCCUAGUGGGUGUCAAAAGGGGGAUCCUACAUUUCCCUGAAAUUUCUUAUUUUGGGUUCACACCCAGCGGGUGUGAAAAGGGGUAUUGUUGGGAUCUAUUUUCUUAUAACUAGAUGUGAUGCCUAGCUUAGAAAGAAUACAUGAAUGAUUAAACAUAAUAGGUUUGUGCUGUACUGAUAUAGAUUGUUUAACAUAACAAGCUGUGAUUAAUGUGAGGAACCAUUAUGGGGGUAGGCUGAGACAGACUUGUGACUCACAUACACACAUAUGUUAUGCUACAGUGGAGAGGAACAGACUAUGUCUGAGGUUGCUGACUCAAGACAAGUUGUGGAGAUAAAAACUAAUGCCUGGCAACAGUGAAGCGCCAAGGGGCUGGGACCAGCCUGUGCGCCAACGAUAGGCUGAGUAAGUCUAAAACCACGCUCAGUCUCUACUCUGAUAGGCCUGCUUGGAGCAGGAACUAUCUCUGUCAGAGUAUUUAAAGAAGAACUUAUAACAAUGGCUCAGUUCUCUGACUGCCCUGCGUGGUUUUUCAGUGGGCCCGUAUAUCAGAACAUCAUAUUUACCAUUCAAGUGUUUGCAUUAAUUAAAAUACUAGUCUAUUUUAGAAGACGUGUAUUGACCUCUUUUUGUUCCUAUACCAGAUUUGAAUUGACGCAACAAAACAACAUGCAAGUCGCUUAGAACAAUUUCUCUUAACUUUUAGUAGAAUAUAUUUUGUAAUUCUCAUUAAUAAACAUGUUUAUAAAGGACAUAAUCUCUGGGACCAGUAGAUGGAACACUUGUUCAGUAGUCAAAUGAUGAUCUUGUGCACAUUUUCUUUUUUAGAAAAUGUCUUAUAACCUCUAUUUUUUUUAUUAUGAUAAAUGAGCUGGUCUCAGUGGCUAUAAUGGACAGUAUGUAACGUAGAUUGAUGGUGGCUAUCUUUUUACAUAGGUCUAUAGUGCUAUGGAAUUUAUUGUGUAUUAAUUAGGAUUACCUUUCAACGUAUUUCACAGUGCAGCAAAACAUAGCCAGUCUGCAGGAUGGCUUUGCACAGCAGUUUGAGGCCAUGCUGAAUAAACUGAGCUCCCAGAAUCAGAUAAUGAGAGAGAUGGAGGAGCCGCCAAGGUGAGGACAGGUGGCAUUUAUAACUGUAAUUUCAAGCCUAGGUCCUGAUGUUGAAUUUACACUUAAUGAGGGUGUUUGGAGUGAAAGUUGGUAACAAGUGUGAUACUUAAGUGAUAAUGCCCGAGAAGCUGGUGUUUGGAGGAUAUAUUGGCACGGGUGUUGUUAGGGCCGAGACGAAGUCGAGGGUCGGCAAACCGUGCCAAGAUAUUCUCCAAACACGUGCUUCGAGGGCAUUAUCACUUUUAUACAACGAGUUACCAACAUAUUCAAAUCUAGGGUUGCUACCCAAGCCGGCUGAUCGUUCGUUCUAUCGGUUCGGUUUCCAGAAACGCGACCCAGUCGUUAAGUUUUUUCUUAUCCCUUGCUUGCUAGCUAGCUAAUUUACAGUCAAACAGUGCAGCCAGAAUAACAACAAUAAGUAGCUGCAUUUGCAUUUGCAUUUGUUUAAGCUGUUUUCUAGUGACAGUUAUUUGGAUACAUCCAUAACAAUGAGCUAAUGAUGCGUAAUUUCACCUAGCAUAGAAAAUGUGCUCUCUCAUCAGGACACUGUUGUUCAGAGGAGCUAGCCAACAACACAGCUAACACAAUCACUUAAAAUUGAAGCAGGGAAGACUGCAAACUAGCUGGAUUUCGUUUGGUUUUACCUGUUUUCUAUUGAUAUUUCUUUGUAUACAGUGCAUUCGGAAAGUAUUCAGACCCCUUGACUUUUUCCACAUUUUGUUACAUUAUAGACUUAUUCUAAAAUUGAUUAAAUUGUUUCCCCCCCCCUCAUCAAUCUACACACAAUACCUCAUAAUGGCAAGGCAAAAACAGGUUUUAGAAAGUUUAGCAAAUGUAUAAAAAAUGAACAAACUGAAAUAUCACAUUUACAUAAGUAUUCAGACCCUUUACUCAGUACUUUUUUGAAGCAACUUUGGCAGCGAUUACAGCCUCGAUUCUUCUUGGGUAUGACGCUACAAACUUGGCACAACUGUAUUUGGGGAGUUUCUUCUCUGCAGAUCCUCUCAAGCUCUGUCAGGUAGGAUGGGGGCGUCGCUGCACAGCUAUUUUCAGAUCUCUCCAGAGAUGUUCGAUCGGGUUCAAGUCCGGGCUUUGGCUGGGCCACUCAAGGACAUUCAGAGACUUGUCCCGAAGCCAAUCCUGCGUUGUCUUGGCUGUGUGCUUAGGGUCGUUGUCCUGUUGGAAGGUGAACCUUCGCCCCAGUCUGAGGUCCUGAGCACUCUGGAGCAGGUUUUGAUCAAGGAUCUCUCUGUACUCUCUGUUCAUAUUUGCCUCGAUCCUGACUAGUCUCCUAGUCUCUGCCGCUGAAAAACAUCCCCACAGCAUGAUGCUGCCAUCACUAUGCUUCACCGUAGGGAUGGUGCCAGGUUUCCUCCAGACGUGACUCUUGGCAUUCAGGCCAAAGAGUUCAGUCUUGGUUUCAUCAGACCAGAGAAUCUUCUUUCUCAUGGUCUGAGAGUCUUUAGGUGCCUUUUGGCAAACUCCAAGCGGGCUGUCUUGUGCCUUAUACUGAGGAGUGGCUUCCGUCUGGCCACUCUACCAUAAAGGCCUGAUUGGUGGAGUGCUGCAGAGAUGGUUGUCCUUCUCGAAGGUUCUCCCAUCUACACAGAGGAACUCUGGAGCUCUGUCAGAGUGACCAUCAGGUUCUUGGUCACCUCCCUGACCAAGGCCCUUCUCCCCCGAUUGCUCAGUUUGGCCGGGCGGCCAGCUCUAGGAAGAGUCUUGGUGGUUCCAAACUUCUUCCACUGUGUUCUUGGGGACCUUCAAUGCUGCAGACAUUUUUUUGGUACCAUUCCACCAGAUCUGUGCCUCUGCACAAUCCUGUCUCUGAGCUCUACGGACAAUUCCUUUGACCUCAUGGCUUGGUUUUUGCUCUGACAUGCACUGUCAACUGUGGGGCCUUAUAUAGACAGGAGUGUGCCUUUCCAAAUCAUGUCCAAUCAAUUGAAUUUACCACAGGUGGACUCCAAUCAAGUUGUAGAAACAUCUCAAGGAUGAUCAAUGGAAACAGGAUGCACCUGAGCUCAAUUUCGAGUCUCAUAGCAAAGGGUCUGAAUACUUAUGUAAAUAAGGUAUUUCUGUUUUUUGGUUUUUUUACAUUUGCAAGCAUUUCUAAAAACCGGUUUUCACUUUCUCAUUAGGGGUAUUGUGUGUAGAUUGAUGAGGAAAAUGUUUAAUGAAUCAAUUUUAGAAAAAGGCUGUAACGUAACAAAAUGUGGAAAAGGUCAAGGGGUCUGAACACUUUCCGAAUGCACUGUAUAUCCAUACAAAUGAUGCUGAUUCAUGAUUUCGACUGGCUGCGCAGUCAGAUGGAACAGAAUAAAUAUGCAUUCUAACGUCAUAGAUCUAGCCUUGGUAAUUUAUGGAAUAGACACCGUCUGGAAUGCGGUUUUAACCAAUCAGCAUUCAGGAUUAGACCCACCUGAUUAGACCCAAACAUUAGCUGGCCGGCACACACAAUAUUUGGUUCUGAGCGCUGAGAAUACUAUUUGACAUACUUAAGAUAAUAAUUUCAUGUAAGUUAUGAACAUUUGAUUCUGUUGUGUUUGCUUUGAGUUAUUAUGGGUACAAACAAACGUUGUUGUCCUCUAUUCUGUCCUAGACUACAGCACAUGCAGGGCCUGCAGCAGAAGCUGGAGGUCCUGAGACGUGAGCAGAGCCGAGAUCAAAGCAUGCUAGGAGAAGCCCUGUCUCUUCUAGGCACCUUGGUUUCCCAGCACUGGUCCGAACCCCACCCCACCCGUCAGGGUGACAGACAGCACGGUCCAGACAUCCCCAGGACUUGUAGAGGUUCUGCCUGGUGAGUGAGGAGAAGAGGUACUUCGAAGGUGUACGUGUCUGCGGUGCGACAGUGGCCACAACGCCUUGUAUAGCAGUGGCAUCGUGUGGUGUAGGGGAGACGGAAAGAGGGGCGGCUGCACCCUGCAGAGAGAGGACCCAGAGAAGGACCCUCAGAGACAUGUGACCAGGGCCAGGCCGUGGCCCCAGAGCCCUGUACCUUCCUCCUGUGAUGAUGGGGGAGGAGGAUCAGCUGGAGCGGUAUAGCCAGAUCAAAUCAAAUUGUAUUUGUCACAUGCGCCGAAUACAACAGGUGUAGACCUUACACCAUGAUGGUGCUGGAUAAGCCGGCUAAGACCUCCUGGCAAGGGGUGUUCCCAUACCGCACACGCUGUACCGCUGUGACUUACGGACCAGGGACAGGCACAGGACACGCUGCAACUACAGCCCUACAGUACCCCAUGCAGGGCUUUCAGGACCCCAGCAGGGCCUAUGCGCUGCUACAGGAUGUGAGGAGCACCCGCACCAUCAUGAACCCAAACUGCGACCCAGAGCAGAGCAGCCAGCCCGACCACAGUGAGCUUGCAGCGGUACCCUCAGAGAGCCCCAAGGGCAGGAGCACCAUGGCUGUAUGUAGGUUCACCCAGAGAGGCCAGAGACAGAGGAAACAGCCCUUCAGGAGCAGGAGGAGGGCACUGAUGCCAUCACAAACCAGGAGUAAUGGUGGAGUAGUGUGCAGGGGUCAGGACGAGAACCGACAGCCCCUCAAAACCAAAGGAUGCAGGGAGCUGGAUCGACUAGCAAAGAGCAGCAUGAUCCCAACAGAAUGGAAUGGACAUUCUCAAACCAGAACCUCCGAAACGACAGCAGGACAUGGAGAAAAGGUCUAA